CACGAAGGUAACAUCAUUUAAUUUUGGUGUCGGAUUAAAUAUAAAUAAUUUAAAAGAAAAAAAAUAUGGCGCUCCGUUUUCCACAUGAAAUUAAACAUGUGACGGAGGAAGAGGAUUUAAUUCUGAAGAAAUACUACAAAGGGUACAGCCGGCCGUUUGUCCGCGUUGGAGCCCCGGGAUAUCUCGCUACACCAGGGUACCAAGACCACGCUGAAGAUAUAUACAACCUAGAGAUCAGGCCUGAUGACAUAUGGGUCAUCCCUUUCUCUAGAUCUGGGACAACAUGGCUUCAAGAACUAGUAUGGCUGGUCAAUAAUAACUUGGAUUACGUGGCCGCUGCUUCUCAACCCCUCAGUAAAAGAUACGCGUAUAUUGAGUACGUAACACAGAAAUCUGACGCUGCGAAAAAGAUGCUGCAAUCCAUCAGACCUGAGCAGAGAGCUACGUUUGAGAGCUUCGAAACUUUGCCAAAUCUACCGUCACCGAGAUAUGUUAAAAGUCACCUACCGUUGUCACGUCUGCCACCAGCUCUGUUGGAUACUGCAAAGGUAUUCUACGUAGCCCGCGACCCUCGAGACGUGGCCGUGUCGCUACAUUUCGCUGUUAAGCUCUUCGGCUAUUUCUCGGACGAGGUCACUUUCAAAGAAUUCUGGGACCUAUUCAAAAGAGAUUUAGUUCUUCACAUGCCUAUUUUUUCUCACGUGAAGGAAGCAUGGGAGAAACGUCACAACCCAAAUCUAUUUUUCCUUUUCUACGAGGAUAUGCAAAAUAAUCUACCGUCCGUAAUAGAUAAAGUUUGUAAUUUCCUCAAUAAAGCCUACACGGCCGAACAAAAGGCAGAACUGGCGAGACACUUGAGCUUUGAGAGCAUGAAGAAAACUUCGACAUACAGCAAACCCUCCAAAGGCGAAAAUAGUUUCUUUAGAAAAGGUAAAUCCGGUAGUUGGGUGGAAUACUUCGACGAUGCUAUGAAAGAAGAAGCUAUAGAAUUCAUUGAAAAAAAUCUCAGCGACACCGACAUGCGGUAUCCCGUUGUGGAAAUAUAGUUGAUAUAAAUCUAUUUUCAUUAUAAUCGUGAAGUGCCGUAGUAUGUCAAUGAACUUUCAAAAACUACUGAUUAUGAUAUUAACUGAUUUUUUCCCCCUACCUUUUCACUGGUAGCCUAAGAGUCUACUGCAGCUACGUCCGGACGGGUAGGGUAGU